AUGACCAAGGACCUCCUAGAGGCGUAUGCUAACGUAGUCGAGGAGAAUAGGUUCUCCAACAGAGGUGCUCCCAAUAUGCUUCUACGUGUCGGACCUGAUACCAACUUUUCCGCAAAUCAUGCUAAGACGGCAGGGUCGGUACUUCCGGGCGAGCUUGAACCAGAGAAGGCUGAGAAGAGCAUAAGGCGUUUCCUUGAUGGUAUCGAGGGGUUGCCUGAGGGCCUAGUCGAACGGCAUGUGCGUAACCGUCUAGAUGGGUGUAGGAGUGUCGUGGCGCCAUUGAACGAUUGUCGAGUGUUUGGCUUGGACACGGAUGACUUUGUAGCGUUUAAUGGUACGCUGAGGGUCGAAAGAGAGUUCACUGGCUAUAUACUGGGCGUUGGGUAUGAGAAUGCUAUGCAAGCUGCUGGUCUGAGCGAUGUUGGUGUUGAUACUGCACCGUUGAAGGAGAUGGCUCAACGACACAGGGCUGCGAGGGAGAAGCAACUGCAGGGUAUCAGAGGACAUGAAUCUGCUACUGGGGCGGCGAGGUCGGCAUCAAUCGGGGGAUCAAGACAACCGUAUCUUACUCCUGCUACCACAUCUUGGUCAACACGGUAUAAUCAGAAUAUAGGGAGACCGGCAGUAGCUACUACACCGUACAACCAGGCGGCUCAGUGGGCAGCUCUGAAUCAGGCCAAUAGGACGGCUCAUCUUAGGGCUCAGCAGCAGCAGGCUUCUGUGCUAACACGGUCUGGGGUUUCCGGCUCUGGACAGAGUAGUGCAUUGGCAGAGUUCCAACAGCGGUUAGCUAGUGCCAGUCCAGAGCAACGACAGAUGCUCCUCCGCAGUUUGGGUGAGGCGGCACAACGUCACCAAGCUGCAGGUGGCAAGACUAGUUAA